AUGUACCAAACGAAAUGGAACGUCAAUGGGCUCCUUGGUAAUGAUGGAACUGUCCGGCUGAUAAACCAGACCAAAGGUCAUGGUUUCCACUCGACAGGGACACCAUGUUCUCGCUUGCUGUCUCUUGUCAGGCCAGUUCAUCGCUUGCUCAGGGCGUUAUGUGCUGAUAUCAUGUACAGAGCCACUGCGACGGAACAACGGAUGCAAUAUUCUACGGCAUCGUCGGAUCUACCUUACCUGUAUUCACUUUGGCCCUAUUCUACCGGACUACUCCAGUCUAGUUCAGCAAACAAACAACCUCUGGACCCUUAUGUCGUCCAUCACAUCUUGAGUAUUGUCAUUGACAUUCUAUCCAAGAUCAAAUCCUGGGACGCAUCAGCGAUCAUGUGCCAGGAAUACACGACUCUGAUCCUCGACUUAGGUGGCGUUCUUGCCAAUUUCACAACAAAGAACAAUGUCGGUCUCAGGUCAAGCCUCAUCAAGGCUGCCCUCGACUCAUCUUACUGGAAUGACUACGAAUCAGGCCGUGCUACGGAGGCUGAAUGCUAUGAAAACAUAUGCCAAGAGUUCAAUAUUGACAUUGAAACUUGGACUAGAGCGUUGGAACAGAUGAGGAAGGAGGGCCUGCAGGCAAACACUUCUUUGAUCUCUUCUAUCAAGGAACUCAGACAGAUGUAUACCAAGACCAAGGUUUUCUGUUUGUCUAACAUCCCUGCAUCUGAAUCCGACGCACUCAGAGAUGAGAUCCAGAGCUGGGGCAUCAUUGACGAAUUCAUUGCCUCAGGAGUCAUUUGCCAGAGGAAGCCAGACACGGCCGCUUACGAAGAAUGCUUGAAGAUUGUCGACACACCAGUAUCUUCCUGCAUCUUUGUCGACGACAAGGCAGAAAACGUUGUUGCCGCGCAGACCCUUGGUUUCAAGGGUAUCGUCUUCAGUGACACAGAUACUCUCGUCAGAGAUCUUCACAACCUCCUUGGGGACCCUGUUGCGCGCGCAAAGGCGUUCCUUGAACACAAAGUAAAGACAGCUGGUAACAUGCUUCUGGACAACUACUCUCAACCAAUCAUGCUUCAAAACACGGGAAUCCGGGAUCUGAUCAUGCCAGAGAGUGACGUCCAUCCCGAAGGCUCUGACACCACGUCUCUGGCGAUAGCAGUCUUGGACAAUGUUCCAAUGGACACGAAGCUCAAGGCUAGAGAUGAGAUACUCUCAAACUUGAACUCGGAUCGUCUUCCUCUCUGCUGGCUCAGCAACAGCCAUCCUCAAUUCUGCCACUGCAUGUGCGCCAGCAUUUUCCGCUUCUUCGUCAUCAACGACUGGGGCGAAGACCUCCCCAGAGUCAAUGACUUUUUGUGUCGUUUACUCGAAACCCGAGCUUACCCCCAUGGUAGCCGCUACUACAAAAACCCAGAUUGGCUCCUCUAUAUACUGUCUGACAUCUGUGAAAGUCGUCCUUGGGACUCGCAACUCCAGCGUAUGAGAGACUUGCUCGUUGAGUGUGUUCGCGAACGGAUGGGAUUUGAUGAUGAUAUCUUUGGAGCCGUGCUGAGAUUGUUGAGUGCACAAUCUCUUGGGUUCCAGAGUGAGAGAGAUUUGAAGAUCGUGCUUGAUGGGCAGCAACUUGACGGCGGGUGGGAGUUGGCAUGGCCAUGGGGACAUGGCGUUGAGUCACUUCAGGUUGGAAGUCGGGGCGUUUUGACAGCCAUGGCUAUGACCGCGAUUGAGCGGGCGAACAUGUGUUUCUAA